AUGAGUGCUGCCGUCGGGUAUAUCGCAAACAUCAACGCCUUUGUGGGCGGUGCAUUGUCAGUCUGCCUCAACGGUUUCUUAAUCUUUACAGUAUUGAAAAGCAAAUCGACAACGACCGGAUACCACAAGUGGAUCGCUAUGUCAUCAGCUGCUUUCGACUUUACAUUCAGCAUAUUGACGGCUUUUGCCUGCCCGCGGUUGGCAAUUGAUUCUUCGGUACUAUUCGUGAAAGGAGGUAUUUUUGUGCCGUUUCUUUACGGCCGGAUUCUACUUGUGAUCUGGAUCAUACUUCUGUGCACUAACAUUAUUAUCUCACCAAGCCAAUUUAUUUUUCAAUAUUUACAAAUCUGCAGAUCACAGUGGAUGACGAUUUAUGGGCACCGUUCGUUUUUUAUAUUCCUGAUAACCUUUUUUCUCGCUUGGUCAGCCGCUGCUAUGUUGAUUAUUGCGGCUUAUCCGGAUGAAGCUGACCUUGCCUUCUUCAACGACAUCGCUUCGCAUAUCAACUUAAACGAGCAUCGAGCGUAUCUCGUCGCCUGUCUUAGGCCACCUACUUACAGCAGCACAUCAUCAUCAGUACCUACCACGAGGUGCAGUAAGACUGCUGGCGCUGCGGCGUAG